AUGCCAUCUCUCAACACCCUUAUCACGCUCUGCAUCCUCUUCCUCACCGUAUCUGCACAAAGUGGCUACAAUUUCAUCGCAGGUCCUUACAAACCUGGCCCUGCGAAUGACCCCUCGGCAUUGCAGGCCAUCUCAGCCGCCGGCCGCAGUCCCAACCUGACAGACUCGGUAACCUUCACUCGUACCUUCAACGGCAAUUCAGAAAACUGGACCUGGCGCAUCAACAUCACCUCUUUAGCCGUGCCCAACACCCGCAUCGAUGACCUGGGCGAAGACAACACCUCAGCAAACUACAGCCAAGGUCUCUGCAUCGCCAACACGCAGUGGGAGCUCCAAUGGCCCGGCGACAGUCCGACUCUGGGCUCGUUCUUGCAGCAAAGAGGGAUGAAUUUAUCCGUCCAAACUCUGCUGACUGUCCUGCCACCCAACGUUACACAGUCAUACAAUCCCACGGAUAACGGGGACUGUACUUCCGUUCUCGGUGACAGUUGUUCACAAGAGAUUUCACAGAGCGCGUCUGCAGACCACCCCGUGGACUUUGCCCGACUUCGGGCUUGCGACGGUACUUUGAACGCCAUGAGUAGCAGUGGCGAUGCUGGUGGCUUCAGUGAUGGUUCAAACCUCGGACCCAUCACGACUGCGUCCAACGCCUCCGACACUCCAUCCGCAUACCCCAGGGACUCCACGCUAUUUUACAGAACUUCUUCGGCCUACACUAUGGACAACGAAACUGCUUUCAAUGACUCGGCUCGAGCUUUACAGCUCCUGAUCCUGUCGCCGGCGUAUGGCAUGGGUCCCAUACAAGGCUCGAGCGGACCCUCGGUUCUGUGUCGAAUCGUUGACAAGGAGACUACUACUACUUCUCCACGGGAAGGGAGUGGUGCAUUAUCACGUCCGGGCUUACCAGCUGCCGCUCUUUGGGGGUUGUUGUUGACUCUUGCUUUCCUGCUUGUUGUGUGA